AUGGCGGAGACGCUUCGGCGAAUGCUGAGCGCGAGCAGCGCGGCCGGGCCUGGGGAAGAGAGCGCGGCUGAGUCUGGGUCACCUUUGCUGCUGCUUGGCGGCCCACGCUCCGGAAAGACAGCAUUGCUGUUCGCGGCUGCCUUGGAGGUGGCAGGGGAAGGUCGAGGCCCCAUCUUCUUCCUGGCCCGGAGGCCUCUGCAAAGCCUACCCCUUCGGACCCGAGCGGCAUUCGAUCCCCUGCGGCUCCAGAAGAUCCGCUUCCAGUACCCAUCUUCAACCCGUGAGCUUUUCCGGCUCCUGUGCUCUGCCCAUGAGGCCCAGGGGCCAGCCCCCGCCCUCCUGCUGCUUGACUGCUUGGAGGAGUACCUGUCAGAACACCAGGGGCCCCAUGAAGCUGCCCGCCUGGUUGCCCUCCUUCUGGACACUGCUGCCCACUUCAGCCACCGGGCUGGGCCUGGUGGGAGCUGUGGGCUCAUGGUAGCCCUCCAGACCCAGAAGGACAGUGGGGACACAGCGCAGCUGGCACUCCUCCAGCGGUAUUUCCCUGCCUGCUGCUGGCUGCAGCCAGGAGCACCAGGUCCAAGACAGCACUGCCUUCGAGCCUGCCUGGAGUCAGGUGGGCAGGGCCCCAGGACAGAGUGGUUAGUGGCUUUCCAACCACAUGGAGAGAUGACAGUUACCCCAUUGUCCCCUGAGGUGGGUGAUCCCAGCUCAGACAAGGGUACAAGUUCUAGAAGCCAGCCAAACUUUGGUGUCUGA